CAAGAAGUGGAUAGUGGCUUCUAGCACACCUAUCUUCCUCGCCGUUGGAACCAAAACUAUAUUUCUGGUGUCAUACCCUUCACCCCUUCACAUCAAAUUUUGAAACUUUGUUUCCAAUUGCGUGUACCCAAUGUCCUCUUCUCUCUCCCCACCACUUUCUGGGUCCUUCAUCCACGAUUCUUCGUUCCUCCGUGGAACAAAGCUUUUUCCCCUUUCUCGAAGAGUGGUACCACGCGGCUUCAGCUCUUUCUCUGCUAAGUGCUCCCUCGACCACGUCCCCAAACAGUUCAGAAAGGAAAAUCUCGCAGAUGGAUUGACGCAAAACUACAAGAACGUACCUCAAUAUCUAUAUGGCCUUACACCUUCACAAAUGGACAUGUUCAUGACAGGAGAUGGUAUCAGCCGGCAAACUGCAAGAGUUACAGAGGAAAGCAUCUCAUCUGCCAAGAAUUAUAUAGAUAAUGGUGGAACGUGGAGUCUAUCUGGCACGGGGAAAAAUGAUGCUUCAAGAUACAGUAUGAGUGCUAGAAUGUAUCAAGGAGGUUGGGGAAGUGAAAGGCCACCAACUGCUCCACCAGAUCUGCCUUCUUUGCUUUUGGAUGCUCGAAUAUGCUAUCUGGGUAUGCCGAUUGUUCCAGCUGUGACGGAACUUAUUGUUGCUCAAUUCAUGUGGUUGGAUUUUGAUAACCCAACCAAACCUAUUUACUUUUACAUUAAUUCAUCUGGAACUCAGAAUGAGAAGCAUGAGACAGUGGGAUCAGAAACUGACGCAUAUUCCAUAGCUGAUAUGAUUUCUUAUGUCAAAGCAGAUGUGUAUACUGUGAAUUGUGGUAUGGCAUUUGGUCAGGCAGCAAUGCUUCUGUCUCUUGGAACAAAGGGUUAUCGUGCGGUACAACCAAACUCAUCUACAAAAUUAUAUCUCCCAAAGGUCAAUAGAUCAAGUGGUGCUGUUAUAGACAUGUGGAUCAAGGCAAAAGAGCUUGAGGCAAAUUCGGACUAUUACAUUGAUCUGUUGGUAAAAGGGACAGGGAAAUCAAAGGAAGAAAUUACUAAAGAUGUUCAGAGGCCUAAGUAUCUUCAAGCACAGCAAGCUAUAGACUACGGACUUGCUGACAAAAUGAUUCAGUCAAGUUCAACGGAUUCUGCAUUUGAGAAGCGGAACUAUGAGGAAAUUCUUGCUCAAUCAAGUAUGAGGAAUCAAGGUGGUGUCGAUCCUCAAGCGUCUCCUUCGGGAUUCAGGUAAUCACACAGCGAAAGGCCACUUAAUCGCUCCGAAUCCAAUGCCCGUCAAUGCUAUAUAUAUGGGUUUAAGUUGACGACUGGUGUAAAGGUCCAGCAGCUAUCUCAUCAAAAGGCCAAAUUGGAAACUUUCAACGGAGAGAUAUUAUAUGAAAAUUGUAUCUUGGCUGUUGGGUGACUUUUUCAAUACUUAAAUUACAUAUGCUUAGUUUGAAUAACUUAA